AUGAUACGGCUAACGCAACUUUUUAGUGGUCUUUGGAGGCAGUCCAUGGUCCGAUGUGCAGAUAACAGUGGAGUCAUAAAGGCAUGUAUAAUUGGAAUUGGAAAGAAUAAAUGGGGUACAGGAAAAAUAGGAGAUAGGAUAAGAGUGUCUAUACGAGAUAAAACUAGCGAAUGUGGUAUUUCAGAAAAGACUCCUAAAGGAAUUAUUGUAAGGAGAAAAAAAGAAACUAAAAGAAAAGAUGGCAGUUACAUAAAAUUUGAUGACAAUGCAUUUGUUAUUAUAGCAAAAAAUAAAUUGAAGGCGACAAAAAUUAAAGGACCUGUUGCAAUGGAAACUAGACAUAAUUGUAGAAAUUUGGCUAGGUACAUUUUUUAA